CCCAGCAUUCCUUCGAUGGAAUGCCGGAGAGCCGCAAUUAACGCGGUGCUUUUCUCGCCUCUCCUCGGAGACUUCUCCAGCCGGAGGGGCUCACGAGGGUCUCCCUCCAAAAAAAGCGCCCUCCGUGACUUUCCCUACGGCUGUGAGCCCCGGGCGCCAAGGGGCGGGCCGCGUCUGCGUUCUCCCCAGCCGACGAGGGGGAGUUUCCAGGAAGUGGCCAUAUUGGAUUCAUUCAGUUGCAUCAAUCGAAAGAGGAGAGCAGGUUUGGGUUGAGGCGACUUUUUUUUUUUUUUUUACCUAGCGCCUGAGAAGGAACUCCUGUCCACUGACCUCCGGAGGUGCCCGGCUAUGGCUGCCACGGACUUGGAUCGGUUUUCUAAUGAAGAGAAAAGAAACCUAUCUUUGGGAGGCCAUGUUGGAUUUGACAGUCUUCCUGAUCAACUGGUCAGCAAAUCAGUGGUGCAAGGUUUCAGCUUCAACAUCCUCUGUGUAGGUGAAACUGGCAUCGGGAAAUCUACCCUGAUGAAUACUCUUUUUAACACAACCUUUGAGACAGAAGAAGCGAGUCACUAUGAGCACACAGUCCGUUUACGGCCACGAACGUAUGAUCUGCAGGAAAGCAAUGUCCACUUGAAACUGACCAUUGUAGAUGCUGUGGGAUUUGGAGAUCAGAUAAAUAAAGAUGAAAGUUACAGGCCAAUAGUAGAUUACAUUGACACGCAGUUUGAAAAUUAUUUACAAGAAGAGCUAAAAAUCCGGCGUUCCCUUUUUAACUAUCACGAUACGAGAAUCCACGUCUGCCUUUAUUUUAUCACCCCAACUGGCCAUUCAUUGAAGUCCUUGGAUCUGGUGACCAUGAAAAAGCUGGAUAGCAAAGUGAACAUCAUUCCCAUCAUUGCCAAGGCUGACACUAUUUCCAAGAGUGAAUUGCACAAGUUUAAGAUUAAGAUCAUGAGCGAACUGGUCAGUAACGGAGUUCAGAUUUAUCAAUUCCCUAUUGAUGAUGAUGCUGUAUCUGAGAUUAACUCUGUGAUGAAUGCUCAUUUGCCAUUUGCUGUUGUGGGAAGCACAGAAGAAGUAAAAGUGGGAAAUAAAAUGGUGAGAGCUCGGCAGUAUCCAUGGGGUGUUGUACAAGUUGAAAAUGAAAGCCACUGUGACUUUAUGAAGCUGCGUGAAAUGCUGAUCCGAGUUAACAUGGAAGACCUACGAGAGCAAACUCAUGCUCGCCAUUACGAGCUUUAUAGGCGGUGUAAGCUAGAAGAAAUGGGCUUCAAGGAUACAGAUCCUGACAGCCAGCCAUUCAGCCUUCAAGAAACGUAUGAGACCAAAAGAAAAGAGUUCCUUUGUGAAUUGCAAAAAAAAGAGGAAGAAAUGAGACAGAUGUUUGUGAACAAGGUCAAGGAGACGGAGUCUGAACUAAAAGAAAAGGAGAGAGAACUGCAUGACAAGUUUGAACAUCUCAAGCGAAUACAUCAGGAGGAAAAGAGGAAAGUGGAGGAGAAAAGAAGGGAGCUAGAGGAGGAGAUGAAUGCCUUCAACAGGCGGAAGGUGGCAGUUGAAACACUACAGUGUCAGAAUCUGCAAGCCACUUCACAGCAACCACUGAAGAAAGAUAAAGACAAGAAAAAUUAAUCUCACACAUAGAUUACAAUGCCAUGAGUGGACUCUGUAUAUUCAUAUGUAUGUUAAUUGUUGUUUCCCCAUCUUGUGAAUCCUUCUGCUAUCCCAUUGUGCAAAGGAAGCAGCACGAGAAACUCAUCACCUGCCUUUUUUCAAGAAUGGAUGGUGACCAUGCAGGAAAUUAGCAUGAUUAAGAAAAAGAAUGAUUUGCUUUGCCUUUGCAGAUUCAAGGUGGAAAUUCUUCACACAUUUAGUUCCAAAAUGUCGGGAAGGUAAUUGCAGUGCAACGUAUUUGUUUUAAACUCUUCGAGUCACCAUUUCCGUAUCAAAUGGCCCUAAAUAUAGUGAGUCACUUUUUACGAUGCAAAAUAGGCAGAGAGGUGGCAGUGUAAAAAUUACCAUUGGUAAAAGUUAUCUUUGGUUUUGCUUUAAUUUUUGUAAUUUAUUCUGAGGGAGAGAUUACCAGAAUGUUACUUCUGAUCAAAACCUGUUUUGAGGCAGCAUCCCCAACUUUAUAUUAAAAUAAGAAACUAUAGUAUGAGAAAGCUUAGCAUUUCUGUUGGUGACUGAAAUAUUAUUCAAGACAAGUUUCAAGAGGAUGUAAGUUUGCUGUAGGAUCUAGAGAGACAUAUAAUUCCUUUAAUUAAUUCCCUCCUCAUUUUAAAAUUGAAAAUGGCUCCAUUCUUAGUGGUAGAACAUAGAAAAUCAUACUUCACUUAAACAAAAAUCAAUGUUAAACCAACUUUUAAAGUUGGGUCUUUUCCCUCAGGUACACCUGUGGUUUUCUGCCAAGGUGGUUUGGCUAUUUUAAAAUAGUUCAUAAGUAUUGCAAAUCUCAAGUACUACAAGUACUAUAAUUUUUUGUAUAUAAUAGAGGUCAGGCAAAAAAAAAAUGGAGAUAGCAUUGAUAGAAAGGGUUCUGAAAAAAAAUAGGCCAAUUAAGAUUAGGCCAAUUAAAACACUUAGCGGUUUUCAAAUCAUAUUUUGUGCUGAUUUAAAUUGUUACUUGCAUACUGUACAGUCUACUUUUAAAAUGUGUCUUGUCUCUUGUUAUAUGGUUUGGGGAAAUGUACAAAACUAAAACGUGAGCCUGAAAAGUCUGGCUUCGUACCUGACAGGCAGCCUUGGGAUCCAGUUGGUCUUGUUUAUUGCAUAUGGAGAUCCAAAUUAACACUGGAUUCAAAAGGGCCUGGACAAAUGGCAAGAUUUCCAAUUAUACAGUGACUCCUGAUGGAAAAUUCAAUUACAAAACAUUCCUAUUACAUACAUAAACUGCCAGAAAAUUGAACCAAGCUUAAGUGAAGCUUAUUGAAGCUUCACCUUACUGCCAUUAAAAGAUUCAAAUUUUCUUUGCCAGAAAAUUGAUAAGAAAACCAAAUGCACAGCUUGUCCACUGCGUAGAACUGGACGGACACAUGUUUUCUCUCCCUUGCCUUAGUGUUGACUGGACAGCUGUUCACAGAAUGUUUUGCUUGGGAAGUUUUAGUGUCCAUCCAUUUAAAUUUUUUGGUGGUGCUAGAGCAUUGCUUGCAUAUUAUUAUUAUUUUUUUGCUAAAACCUUUCCAAAAGUAGAAUUUAACUAUAUAGUUAUCCCGAGGUUCCUUGUUUUGCACAUUUUCUGGCAGAAGCUUCUUGCCUGGAUGUUGAAAUACUAGUUUAGUCUUUUGUCAUUUAACCUACAGCCAAUUUCUGAAUAUAUUGAAAAUCAUGUUACAGUAUUACUUGAUAUUUUUAAGAGAGAGGGGAAAAAAACCUCAUGAAAAAAUAACAACCCAUAAGCGUACUUUUUAAUCGCAAGCCUCUUCAAGUUAUACUGUUUCAGGCUUGCAUUUUAAUCUUUUUUUCUUUUAUAAAGGCUGUGCCUUUAUUAAGAUAAAAUAUAUUUUCUAAAAUGCAACUGGAUAAUUACUGAAGGUGAAUUGCAGUGCAGAAGAGAUCUAUUGUAUUGUUUAUGUAGAUAGUAGCAGUUCUGGUACAUGAUUGCUUAAAGGCGUAAAACAAAAUUUCUUUGGGAGGCAAAAUUAGGAGCCUGAAAAUUAAUGUGUGCUAAGGAGACUGCAGGGUGGUAGAAUAGAGUUCUAUCAAAUAUGCAAAAUGUUGCAGCUUAAGAAGUUUUUCUAACAAUUGUGAAAGCCAAUAAGAUUUGUUCUAUGCAGAACAUUUCUUUUGGGCCCAAUUGGUUUUCUGGACCUCAGUUUGAUGCUGUCCUAUUUUGGAAAUUAAUUACGAAGGUGGGAAUAAUAAUAAAUAUUAAAUA